GUUCCAGCACCUGACCACUCUUUCUGAGAAGAAACUUUUACUAAUGUCCAACUUGAAUCUCCCCUAUCACGACAUGAGGCCAUUCCCUCUGGUCCUAUCACUAACUACGCAGGAGAGGAGCCAACUCUCACCUCACCACAGCCUCCCUUCAGGGUGCUAUUGAGAGCAAUAAGGUCUCCCCUGAGCCUCUUCUUCUCCAGACUGAACAAUCCCUGUCCUCUCAGCCAUUCUCCAUAAGACUCGUGCUCCAGAUCUCACAUACAUUCUUUGCCCUUCUCCAGAACUGCUCCAGAGCCUGAGCACACUGUAAGGGAGAAGGGCUACCUUCUUUUUCUCCCAUGGGAAAGCAGUUGGUGGGAAGGUGAAGAAGAGGCAAGAGAGCGCUAGAAAAUCCCCCACAGUGUGUCUCGCAGUCUCAGAGGCUUGAGGUAACGCACAGUUUGAUUUACAGCCUCUGUGGGAUAUUGGGAAAUCUGACAAAGACAGAGCUGCCCACUGACUCUGGGGGGAAACAGGAAGUAACAAAGGAAACAAGUCAUUGCCUAGGCGUCCCUUUUGGCCACGCUGCAGUGCAGAUGUACAAGCAGUCGGGGCGCAGCUCCUCCUUUGUGUGUACAGUAGUUAUCGCUGCCGCUCUCAGCCUUUCCAUACACAAAAAGGAGGGGAGCACAGCGAUGUUCCUGUCAUGCCUGAGAGGGGCUAUCAGCUGCUAAUGGCUUUGUCCUCACAAAGGAAACUAUCAUACAGUGAAAGCGUCAGCAGGAAAGCUAUGUGUCGACUGGGCACGGUGUCAAGGAAGAUGGCCUCAGAGGAACAAGUCUGGCCAGUCCCAAUGAAGGCAAUUGGAGCACAAAACCUUUUGACGAUGCCUGGAGGAGUGACCAAAUCGGGCUAUCUUCAUAAAAAGGGAGGCACUCAGCUGCAGAUCUUGAAGUGGCCAUUGAGAUUUGUUAUUAUCCAUGAGGGAUGCAUUUACUACUUCAAGACCAGCACAUCUGCAUCUCCACAGGGUGCGUUUUCUUUGAAUGGUUACAACAGGGUUAUGCGGGCAGCUGAGGAGACGACAUCAAGCAACGUGUUUCCUUUCAAGUUAGUUCACAUUAGCAAGAAGCACAGGACGUGGUUUUUUUCUGCUUCUUCUGAAGAUGAAAGAAAGAAUUGGAUGCUAUCCCUGCGGAGGGAAAUCGAUCACUAUCAUGAUAAGAAAGAAACAGUAACAGAAUUCAGUGACUCUGGUUCUGAUGCAGACAGUUUCUAUGGCUCAGUAGAACGUCCCAUUGAUAUCAAGUAUUCUCAUCAUUCAGCAGAUAAUGAAGAUUAUGACCAGGAGGAAGAUGAUGAGUCCUACUUGCAACCAGAUACUUCUGACAUAGUGAAAGAUGAUAUGGUCCUGCCCCCAGCCUACCCACCACCACCGGUCCCUCAUGUCCGAAAAGCUGCCUACUCAGAGUCAAGGUCACAUUCCUUUAGUGGAAAAACUGCUGGGUCAGCACCACCACCACCACCUCCAAAAAGGAGCUUACCUGAGAUCAAGUCAGAUGAUUUCUUCGGUGUGAGAGAGCCCCAGUUACAAUGCCGAGCUGAACCUAACCUAAAGAUUCAGUCUUCCAGCCGAAGACCAAGUGAACAGCCACCUCCUGUACCCCCAUUACCUCUUUUCAAGAAGCCUUUUUGUGUCAAAGAACCUUCCUCACUGCCUCCGGAACCUCUCCCUCUAUCUCACGUUCUCACUACUCCAGAAGGAUGCGAGAAGCUAAAAUCCUUAAACCUUUCACCACGGACUCCUCCUCCACUGCCGAGCAAUAAACCCAAGUUGUCCCAGAUAACUGAAAAAACAGUAGAAACCAAAGUGCCAAGAGAACAUGGGAAACCGGGACUGUUUGUGCCACCAGUGCUUCCAAAGCCACCCGUGCCAGGCCACCAGCAUCCUGUACCUAAACCUAGACCAGAGAAGCCUCCGUGUCCCCAGUUACAGAGAUCACCACCAGAUGGGCAGAGUUUUAGAAGCUUCUCAUUUGAAAAACCAGCGCUGCCCUCCAAGCCAAAUCAAGUGAAUGAUGAUUCUGAUGAUGACUAUGAAAAAGUUGAGUUGCCUACUUCAAUAUUUCUUAAUACCUCUGAAUCCUUAGAAGUUGAAAGGAUAUUUAAAGCUACUAGCCCAAAGGGACAGCCACAGAAUGGAUUAUACUGCAUUAGGAACUCAUCUACUAAGGCUGGAAAGGUAUUAGUUGUAUGGGAUCAAUCUGCAGAAAAAGUGAGAAACUACAGAAUAUUUGAAAAGGACUGUAAAUUCUACCUGGAUGCAGACAUCAUGUUUCUGAACAUGGGGAGUUUGGUUGAAUACUACAGCACUCAUGUCCUACCUAGUCACGGCAGCCUGAUUCUUCAGUGUCCUUAUGGGUACUCUAAACCAAGGUGACAGGGCCGGCAUAAUUCACUGACACUGAGGAAAAAUGGGUUCUCUGCUGUCUUGGAAUUAAAUGUGGACUUCUGCCACUGUUGGAUUUCCUGUUGUUUGCACACAGAACCUGAGUUUAUUUCAACCAUUUGUUCUCAUGUGAACUAUGCCUCCACUUAAUGAACUCUUGGUAAAGUUUUACGAUGCAGAUCAGUGGAUUUUGUGCCUUUCUCUCUGAAAGAUCUGAACAGACCGUACUGUGAAGGCCAUCUGCAACACCUGCACCUUCUUAUGAAACUGCUGCUAUUGCUCAUCUCCUUGGAAUGUGGAGGAGAACCACGUCCACAUGAUCAAAAAAGUGUUGUGAAUACAACCAACAGAGAAGAGGGAAACUUCUGAGAAUACAUCAGAAUUGUGACAGGGAAUACUAAUAUUCUGACUUGGAGGUUUUUACACCUUAAGUCAGGGCUGGUGCUGAACUUGUAUAACUUGUACAGCUGAUGUGUAAAUAAUGAAGUCUUUUGUGCAGAUAACUUGGUUUACUACAGGUAAAGACGAUUGGGAAAUUCAUGUUUUCUAAGUCAUUUGAUACAUAAACAUAAUUUGUGAUUACAGUGUCCACAGUAAUCAGCACUGGGGUACUAUCCAACGGGUAGGGUUAUGGCGUCAUAUGAAUUACUUAAGAACACUUCAGGGAGGUCUAGGGUAAUGCUGAUUUGGUUUUAAUGGGAGUCCUAUUCCUUAUUUCCGAACCAGAAGGCUUUUAAAACACAAGAAAAAGCUGUAAUUAUUGUGAUGUUACAAUUAUUCUAUACAAUGAUGUGGUCACUUUGUGAGGAUCGGGCUGUCAGCCAGUUGCACUCUCUUCUGUUCCAUUGCAGAGCAUCCUGUUCUAGUCUACUUUUUGUAGAACUCUACUAAUUUUUUCAUUAUUAAAAUCUCUCUUGGAUCAAAGCAAAUGCAAUGCAAGCAAGAUAAAAUUAGUUUUUAAUGUACUGUCAGCACUAUCAAUUGUAGGUGUUUGCAGGGUGCUUGUAAUGUUUGUUCCCUUAUAUCAUGGGGACAGGUGUUCUAAACACAAGGGCCUGGUGGUUCUGAAUUUGCCCUACUCCUGAAUUUUUGUAAAGAGAAGGAUAUUCUGCUGACUUUGGUUAAUUCAGAAGUACUGUCAAAUUAUUAUAUUUAAUCAUGCUCGUGAGGCUUAAUAAAGAAAGAAUAAUUUGCUGUAACUCUUGAAACAGGAGAAGCUAUCUGGUUUCUAUCAGUUUGAAUCCUUAAAUUCCACUUUUCUGCUACCUUUACAAAGGUUAUGCAUGUCAGGUUUAGUCUUAUUAAGUGGUCACAGCUUUAAAAACAUUAAAAUGUUACAGAAUAAGAAUUUCGUUUUAUGAAAAUCAUAAAAUAGGAUUUAAUCCCUAAGGGAUUUUUCUUAAUAAGCUGUAAUUAUAGGACCUCACAUAGGGCCAGAAGUUCUUGCCUUAAUUCCUACAUUUUGCCUGAGACCGAUAAGCACAAUAACAAUCAUUUGCUUUCUGAUCCCACUGUAAUAAAAGUUUUUUGUGAGCAUAAAUUAAAGAAUGUGCAGUGCUUAAAUUUCAGAUUCUGUUGAAUAUCAGAUACAUCACACUUGUAAUUCAUUUAUUUUAAAUAAGUAUCCCCAUGGUUCACUGAUGUGAUGUGAUUCGCUCCACAAAGAAAGCUCAGCCAACAGAGCACUUGUAAAAGUGUUGGAUUUUAGACAUGUGCACCUGUAUUUUAGGCAAGCUCUCGUUUCCUUACAGUAUUUAUAUGUACUGUUUACAAGUGUAUUUUUCUCUCUGUAGGAAUAACUGACUCAUACUGUCAUGACAUUCAUACUUACAAUAUACUAUGGGGCCAAAUUCAGGUAUUAAUUCUGUUAUUUUUGUUUGCAAUUAUACACUUGUGAGCUGUAAAAAUACUUAUGUAAUCCAGUACAUAUAAACCAUAACACUGUCUUUACCUGUAUAGGGCUUGCAAAUAUGUAAAUGUUAAUGUUAAUUUUCUUUUUUUUUUUAAUACAAAUGUACAUAUUUCUGAAGUGGAUAAACUUCCAAUGCCAACUCA